CCGCCAGACGCGUAUCGUUCAGUAUCUAUUGAAUCGGACAAUGAUGCCUCGACAAGGACUGAUCUGCCACAUGGUAGCAAGUCGCCUCCCCCACCAGGCCAUAGUGUUGCACAUAUCAUGCUGGGCGGGUUGAAGGACGAAAGUACUAGAUCGUUGCUUCGGUCCAACGUAUUCUGCCACCUCAAGAAUGUGGGAUCCCGCAUUUUUGAAAAUAAGAGAUGUACCCAGGCUGUGCAAGCUGCAAUGACGGAGAUUGCAAAAUUGAAAGACACAAGAGUCACCCGGAUGCAGACUUUCUCUGCAAUUCCAAAGGAAUCUGCCCGUUAUUGGAUAAAUAAGUAUUACGACACCUAUCAAUUUGAGGGGUUUCGAAUUCCAUUUGAGAAGGGUUUUAUGCUUUCGCUUCCUGAUCUCUUGGACAACCCUCACGUUCAGCUCGACUCUACGCUCAAACUCAUAUAUUACAACGUCCUCUUCCAGGGGCUCCUCCUGGAUUCAAAACCGUAUCCUAACAGAGGCGGUAUCGUACAUUUCCUGUGUCAAACAUGCAUGGAGUUGACGGAGAGCUGGUUAAGCCAGAUCAAAGAUACCCCCGCAGACUUGUUUGCAGCUUUCUUCAUGAUGUCCAUGGCCCUUGAAAGUUGUAAUAGUGAACUGUCCUGGAAAGUCCUUGGACAUGCCUGCAGAAUCGCCAGGGCUCUGGGGUAUUUCUCCGUCGAUGCGGAUCACCCAAUACACAAUAACCAGGAUUCUCUACUUGACGGGUCGUCGAAACCGGAAAAUGAGAUAGAGAAGAACCGAAAACGUUUCGAGUUCUGGCAUUUGCUACGCACAGACUGUCUCUUUCGCCUGUCCUUCGGCAAGCCAGCAGUAAUUGCCGAAGGGUCCUGGGCAGUAAAUUUUCCAGAUCCCAGCAUAAAUGGCGUGGACGACGCAUCCACACGUUUUAUUCAAAUUCACUUCCUCGCAUCGAUGCGCCUUACCUUGGUCUUGUUGAGGUACCUGGAUCUGGUCAACAUGGAGCCCGAGCCGCCUACUCCGCAGUACGAUGAAGCCAUGGAUAGUCUUAUUGCAGAGGUGCAGAUGAUUAUGUCUGACUGGAGUCCGGAGGAGCUCCUCAAUACGACGACUACUCGCAUCGACACGUGGUUUUGCGUAGACAUUCUAUUCAGCAGCUACAAGAUGCUCAUCGUGUUCUACCAAUCCAAGAAAUGUAACCAAAGCAGUGAGUUUCUUCCGUACCACACUGUGGAUAUUGCGAGGAAGAGCCUCCAAAUGUCCCGGUCAAUUAUGAUCUCCACUCCACACCCGUACUGGGGUAUCAGUCUCAUUCUGCUCCAUCAAUUCAUUCCGUUGUUUAUUCUUAGCAUGGACAUGAUCGGAUUUCCUGAACGUCACGAUCCCGAAACAGAUCUCGCCUUAGUGACUUGGUUUAACCAGUUUGUCGAAACGGCAUCCCAAGAACGAACGGAGCUGAAACCAUUGAGUAUCAUACUAAAGUCAAUGGCAUUAGCCUCCGGAAUGUCAACAUAG